AUGUUGGAGCAGUACCUGUGCUGUUUUGUGAACCAGCAGCAAAAUGAUUGGGCAGACUACCUGGCAGUGGUGGAGUUUGCAUUCAAUAACUCACAGCAUACAUCCACGCAACCUUAUGACAACGAGGAGCCGUCUGAGUACAAAGUUGCCAGUAUCCGGGAAUUCCCGAUGGCUGAAGCGACGGUUCCAAUACCUGAUUCAAUGUGCUAUGGGCUGGAGGAUUUUACCUGGGAGAAUGUGACCUUCGUGCAUUUUAUUAUCAUUCUUCCCAUUACUUUUAAAAAGCGGCUAACCCAGUUGGUGGUUCUUUCUCUGUUCCGUGCCACCCCGUUCCCUUUCCACCCUCGCCCCGCAGAUGACACCGAAGACGUGUGCAUCGUGGAACGGCUCUUCUCCAGCAGCCUCGUCGCCAUCGUCAGCCUCCGGGCGCCUCGCAAGCUGAAAGUCUGCCACUUCAAGAAAGGGACGGAGAUCUGCAACUACAGCUACUCCAACACGAUCCUGGCUGUCAAGCUGAACAGGCAGAGAUUGAUCGUCUGCCUGGAAGAAUCUCUGUACAUACAUAACAUACGGGAUAUGAAAGUUCUGCACACCAUCAGGGAGACGCCUCCUAAUCCUGCGGGAUUGUGUUCCCUCUCCAUAAACAAUGAUAACUGUUACCUCGCCUAUCCGGGGAGCGCGAGCAUUGGCGAAGUCCAAGUUUUCGACACCAUCAACCUGAGGGCUACCAACAUGAUCCCCGCUCACGACAGUCCGCUGGCUGCCCUGGCUUUCGACGCAAGCGGUACGAAGCUCGCCACGGCCUCCGAGAAGGGCACGGUGAUCCGGGUAUUUUCCAUUCCAGAGGGGCAGAAGCUCUUCGAAUUCCGACGGGGCAUGAAGAGGUGAUGGCAAUUGAAAGAUUGGGGGGU